AUGCCAAAUGAAAACAGUCAAGGUGUAAGUCCAGACAACCUGAUAUUGAUCCGUGAGAACAUGACGUGGAACGAGGCCCUGAGCUACUGCAGAGAGCACCACGUUGACCUGGUCUCCAUCACUACAGAGCUGCUUCAGUACUGGGUGACAGAGAGGGCUGCCAACGCCACCUCAUCCCACGUCUGGGUCGGCCUGCGCUUCACCUGUUCAUUCCACUUCUGGUUCUGGAUCAGGUCUGAUGCAGGCUGCUACCAGAACUGGGCCCCCGGGCACGGCUCAGACAGCCAGCAGGACUGUGGGAUUGCAGGGGCUGUAGAGACCACCGGGAGGCAGCAAUGGGUUAGUCUGGAGGAGAACCAGAGGCUCAACUUCAUCUGCUACAAAUGUUCUGGGGACAGUGGUGAGGGGUUGAUACAUCCCUGAUUCGGCCGACUUUUGUAUUAUGUAUGUUUCUUGUGCAACGUGAAAAAUGUACACU